UACAUCGAUUUAGCCAUGUCUGGUGUAUUGGGAAUUUUUGUUGGGUUUUUGGUUUCGUUUCGCCUGGCUGACGCGGCAGUUGCAUGUGGAACGUCUCAGAUAUCUCCCAGGUCCGAGAUGUCAAGAGUAAAAGGUGGUAGCGAUGCGAUUGCCGGUAGCUGGCCUUGGCAGAUCCGUCUCGGAGUGCGUUAUCCAAACGGUCAAGUGUCAUGGGUUUGUGGAGGCAGCAUUCUCACCGAAAGAUAUGUGGUGACCGCUGCACAUUGUUUGCUUGGAGGCGUCAACGGCCAAUACGUGGUGCGUGCCGGUGAUCACGAUCAGAGUCGCAUCGAAGCUAGCCAAGUGGAUCAUUCGGUGCUGCGCGUGGGUCGUCAUCCCAAUUACGGCGGCGAGCGGACCUUUGUCAACGAUAUCGCCAUCUUGCGUUUGGCGACGAAUUUGACCUUUAAAGCCCAAGUGAGUCCGGUGUGCAUUCCGUCGAACAGCCAGGAUGUUGCACAAGGAACGAACUGCAUGGUGACGGGAUGGGGCGGAUCCGGACCAAUCGGGAACAUGAAUAAGCCGCUGUUGCAACAGGGACGCGUGCAGAUCAUUGGGCGAGAACAGUGCGCGCAGCGCUACUGGGGUGCCAUGGUCGCUGGUGCGGUUCAAGUAUGUGCCGGAACGCCAACCUUAACAACCGAUGCUUGCAAGGGUGAUAGUGGCGGUCCUUUGGUGUGUCAAGAUCCAGUCAGUCGAAAAUGGGUUCUCCAUGGGAUCGUUAGUUUUGGAGCUGGAUGUACCAGUAAUAAACCAGCUGUAUAUACAAGAGUGACCGGAUUGCUUGAUUGGAUCAAGACAACGACCGGCAACACCGCUAUGUACUUAACCAUGGUUUCCGUCGGACGCUUAUUCAUGUUAUUUGCCAUCAUCCUGGCCGUUUUUGCCGUGCAUGCCAACGCUGCCAAGGGCGACAAGAAGCCGGUGGACAAGAACAAGCCGCUGCCGGAGAAGCCACUGCCGAAACCGCCCUCCAUCACCGAGCAGGCCAAGAAUGAAGUAACGAGAGCUGCAGUCUGCAUAAAGAUGUUUGCUCCAUUGGCGCUUUUUGCAUUGCUUUUGGUGUCCUUCAACGUGGGUGGUGAUGCGGUACAAUGUGGAAUGCCACAAAUUCCUCCAAGAAACGAGAUGAACAGAGUGAAAGGCGGCAGCGACGCUAUUCCAAAUAGUUGGCCAUGGCAAAUUCGCUUGGGAAUUGUAUUUCCUAAUGGAUAUGUCAACUGGGGUUGUGGAGGCAGUAUUCUCAAUGAGAAUUUCGUGGUUACGGCUGCCCACUGUAUAGUCAAUGGAGAAAACGGACAGUAUAUUGUGCGCGCCGGUGACCACGAUCAGUUCCGCGACGAACCCACCCAACAGGAUAUUCGUGCCAGCGCCGUACGCCGUCACGAGAACUAUGGCGGCGAGUACAACUUUGCUAAUGACGUUGCUAUUCUGCGCCUGGAGAGGCCUCUGACCUUUACACCGCAAGUCAGCCCGGUGUGCCUGCCGUCCAGCCGGGUGGAUGUUGCCCAUGGCACCGACUGCAUGGUGACGGGAUGGGGUGGGUCCGGACCUUGGGGGAACCAGAAUAGGCCGAUGCUCCAGCAAGCCCCCGUGCAGAUCAUUGGGCGAGAACAGUGUGCGCGCUGGUACUGGGGGGAUGGCGUCAUUGGCCAGGUGCAGGUGUGCGCCGGAGCGCCGAAUUUUUCGACCGAUGCUUGCAAGGGUGAUAGCGGAGGUCCCUUGGUGUGUCAAGAUCCUGGAAGCCGGAAGUGGGUUUUACAAGGGAUCGUCAGCUUUGGAUUCGGAUGCACCAGUGACCGGCCCGCCGUAUACACGAGAGUGACCGCAAUGGCUGACUGGAUCAGGAUGAUGACCCAAAACACCGCUUUGGACAAACCGUCAAUCCUGUUACUGCAUCGACGACACGGAAAUAUUCGUACAACUCGUGGGAUAUCCAAUCCGGAACAGAAAACUGGGGAAGCAAAUUUCCUGCAUGCAAUGGCCAAAGGCAGUCUCCCAUUAACAUUAUUACCGCAUCGGUACAGCGUAAUCCUAGACUGGACGCUAUGCGUUUUGAAUCGUAUAAUGCAGCGCCUGAAAAAUGGAUUAUUUCCAACACCGGGCGUGAAGUGGGACUUGAGUUCAACCGGGGACAACCACCUAAUUGCAUUAGGUCCCAAAAUUCACGCAAACUGCUAAAAAACUGGCCGUUUUGGGCGGCGCUUCAAUAGAAAAUGGAUAGAUAGAAGUCAGCGUGAAUCCG